UUUUUUUUCCCCCAUCAUGUACCAAGGAAAUCCACCCCACGAAAAAAUGAAUAAUAUUUUCUACCUACGCUGAGGGGCAAACUUGUAGAGAUAAAAAUGGGGAACGACAAAGACAGAAGGAACGCAGGAGUGCGUUCAGAGGGGGAAAGCAGCUGUGAGAUCUACUGGAGGCUUGUGUACUUUGAUCAGAGCGAGGUGGGUGGAGCGGGCAGUCCGCGGGCCGCCAAGAUGCUGGUCUUUGCGGCUAGAACCAUGAUCAAGCCCUUGGGCAUCCUCAAGCCAGUCUCCUUGAUGAAGGUGCCGGGCAGGUUUCAGGCACAUCAGAACUCUCUGCCUCGACUGCCAGUGCCACCCCUGCAGCAGACCCUGGAUCACUACCUCCAGGUCCUCCAGCCCAUUGUGAGCGAGGAUGAAUGGAAGAACACCAAGCAGCUGGUGGAUGAGUUCCGGGGCUCGGGCGGUGUAGGGGAGAGACUGCAGAAGAGCCUAGAACGGAGAGCCAGGAAGACCGACAAUUGGCUGUCGGAGUGGUGGCUAAAGACUGCUUACCUCCAGUACCGACAACCUGUGGUCAUCCACUCCAGCCCAGGCCUCAUGCUACCCAAACAAGACUUUGUGGAUUCUCAGGGUCAGCUCCGGUUUGCAGCCAAACUCAUAGAAGGAGCUUUGGAUUUCAAGGCCAUGAUUGACAAUGAGACUCUGCCAGUAGAAUAUCUUGGAGGAAAGCCGCUGUGUAUGAACCAAUACUACCAGAUCCUCUCUUCCUGCCGAAUCCCAGGCCCCAAGCAAGACUCGGUCAUUAACUACAGCAAGGCAGCCAAGCCCCCGAUGCAUAUCACCGUUGUGCACAAUUUCCAGUUUUUUGAGUUGGAUGUGUACCACAGUGAUGGGACACCCUUCACCGCAGACCAGAUCUUCAUACAGCUGGAGAAGAUCUGGAACUCGUCCCUGCAGACCAACAAGGAACCCAUUGGCAUUCUCACCACCAAUCACCGAAACACCUGGGCCAAGGCUUAUAAUAACCUCCUCAAAGACAAAACAAACAAGGCUUCAGUCCGCUCGAUACAGAAGAGCAUCUUCACUGUGUGCCUGGAUGCGCCCACACCACGGGUCUCGGAUGACAUCUACAAGAGCCGUGUGGCUGGCCAGAUGCUUCAUGGUGGAGGCAGCAAGCAAAACAGUGGAAACCGCUGGUUUGAUAAAACCCUGCAGUUCAUAGUGGCAGAAGAUGGAUCCUGCGGCCUGGUGUAUGAACACGCUGCUGCAGAGGGCCCCCCCAUUGUGGCACUCCUGGACCACAUUGUAGAGUUCACGAAGAAACCAGAGCUUGUGAGGUCACCCAUGAUUCCCCUCCCCAUGCCCAAGAAGCUGCGCUUCAACAUCACCCCUGAAAUUAAGAAUGACAUUGAGAAGGCCAAGCAGAACCUCAACAUCAUGGUGCAGGACCUGGACCUUACGGUGCUAGUGUUCCAUCACUUUGGGAAGAAUUUCCCCAAGUCAGAGAAGAUGAGCCCAGACGGUUUCAUCCAGAUGGCCCUCCAGCUGGCCUAUUACAGAAUCUAUGGCCAAACCUGUUCCACCUAUGAGAGCGCCUCACUCCGAAUGUUCCAUUUGGGCCGCACUGACACCAUCCGUUCCAACUCUGUGGAUUCCUUGAACUUUGUCAAAGGCAUGGAUGACUCAAACACAACAGAGCAAAUGAAGGUGGAGCUGCUGAGGAAGGCAGUGAUGACACACAGGUCCUACACUGACAAGGCUAUCCGAGGGGAAGCCAUUGACCGACACUUGCUGGGCCUAAAGCUUCAGGCCAUUGAGGAUCUAGUGAGCAUCCCUGAAAUCUUCAUGGACACGUCUUAUGCCAUUGCAAUGCACUUUAACCUUUCUACUAGCCAGGUGCCUGCCAAGACCGACUGCGUCAUGUGCUUUGGGCCGGUGGUCCCCGAUGGUUAUGGUGUCUGCUACAACCCCAUGGCCGAGCACAUCAACUUUGUGGUCUCUGCCUACAACAGCUGUGCCGAGACCAAUGCUGCCCGUCUCGCUCACUACCUGGAGAAGGCCCUAUUGGACAUGCGUACCCUGCUGCAGGAACACCCACGAGCUAAGCUGUGAGCCCUCUCCGGCUCAAGAGGAGACUCUGGGGGAAAGACAGGAGUAGAUGGGCAGAGUUUGUCUUGCCAGAGGUCUCAGAACUGCUGGGGCCUCGGGAGUAAAAGGACUCCCGGCAAAGCAAAGCCAAGUCACCAGCCUGGCAUCAACAUCUUCACCAGCUGAUUCUGCCACUACCCAGGACAUCACACAUGAUCUCUUCUGCCUUUUGACUCCUCCUGAAACCUCAUUUCCAUUACCCUCCUGGGAUAUAGGCUUACUUCUCACCCCACCCAACUCUUCCUCCUAUCUCCAGACAGUGCUACAUGGGCCCAGCACAAGAGGGAUCCCUCUCCCCACAGCCCCAGCUCAGGGCCAGCACCCAACCUAGUCUGACCCUCGCCAUGCAGCUUCCUUAGCUGCUGCAGCUGUGGGGAAGAGGUGUGAGGUAUCUCAGCCACCCCAUUCUCCCUGGUAUACUGGGACCAGGGCUAGAUUUGAAUUUCAGAAGUCAAGUGCCUUCAGUAAUAUCAUUUUCCCUGUUGUUCCCACCAUAGGAGUUUCCCAUUCCCCCUGGUCCCUAGCCCAUGGUGGGAGAAGCCCCUGGUGUCAUCUACAAUAGGAAUCCUUGAGCUAUUAGGCCAGGUCUGGGCUGCAUCUGACAGUGCCUGUGAACCUCAACUCUAAAUCCUCUGUCUUGGGGAAGAGGGAGCCAAGGACACUGGUGAAGGAUUCUUCUCCUGAAGCCUAGUGUGUCUGCACUGUUUACAAGGAAUCCCCCUGCCCCAUGCUGGGAGGAAGGAAAUAGUCUAUUUAUUCAUGGGGAUUGGAGGUUUGAGCCCUCCUGCUCACCCCAAACCCUGAUAUAUGGAGGAUCUGAUAGACUUUGUCUUGGAGAACUAGCCAGAUCUGAGCCUUGUUGGAGCUCCGGGGGAAGGAGGACAGAGGGGUUGGGGAGGGGGUAUCAGUUGGCCCUCCUCUCACUCCACCCCGGUUUUGCAUGAAUGUGAUUGUUCAUGUUAGGGCUCAGAUACUAUCUUUGAUGAUGUAGUGAAUGCCCUGGGCCCCUUGGCUCUGUCAUUAUGAUUCCUGAACCAUUGUGAAUGAUUGUAUAGUCAUAACGUGGGAAUUAAUAAAGGGGAAAUCUGUUGGAAAACCUCACGGAGCACAUACAAGGACCAGCUACAGGAAUGGCCCCCAUCCUAUCCCCAUCCGUGUUCCAGCAUCAUCUUCAUAGCGUAGGCCCUAAAGAAGCCAAGGGGAAUGAGGGAGAUUCCUUCCACCUCAUUUGUAUAAUCUUCCUCCAAGAAGCCUGAGCUGGUUGAAGGGAACCUGGAACAAAGGUACUCCCACUUCAUCCAGGUCUCUAAUAAUCUCAUCUGCCAUGGAAGCAUUGGAGAGGCAUCGGUUCAACAAGCCUUAUGCUUAAGGCCACUAAAUGGGCAAACUGUCCCUGAAGGGAAGUAAAGGACCUGGAAAAGUCACACGAGGCUUCUUCGAGGACCCAGGUUCCCCACAGUCUUUCCAAAUGUAAACAUAAGUAUCUUCUACUGGGAAAAAAAAAUGAAGUGGUCAAUAUUUUUUCCAAAUCACCUUCCGAAGGGCAGGACAGUGUUAGCUCUGUUUAAUAAAGCACUUGGAAGCCUCUGGGCUCGUGACAAACUCCA